CACGCAAGCGUGAGCUGCAGUUUGCCGCUAUUCUCCGCUUGAACUGAACGUGCUAAUUGACUCAUUUAGCGCCAGACACGUCCUCUUUGCGCAGCCUGGAUGCAGACCUCGUGCACGAGCAGCGCGCCAGCGGAGCGGGAGCGCGCGCGGAGGCGGUCCGGGGCUGCUUCGGUUCCUCCAGUUAAAUAGCACGGACACGGGAGCGAGCAGGCGGCCGUGUGAGGAUAUACUUUUUUUCUCGGGAGCCUCUUUGGAUUACGACGCCGAAUUGCAGCAUCCACGGCCAGCCGACAGGGCCCACGAUGUCCAGCGAAGUGCAGAGACCGGACGACAGCCCCAGCACCAGCGGGGGAAGCUCGGACAUUGAACAAAGGGAAUCUGUGCCGCCCGAGCAGGAGCGUGAGCAGGCACAGCCCAAAAAGAAGGAGACCAAGAUCUCCAGUAAAACCGCUGCUAAACUCUCGACCAGUGCCAAGAGGAUUCAGAAAGAACUCGCAGAGAUCACACUAGAUCCUCCUCCCAACUGCAGCGCCGGCCCCAAAGGAGACAACAUCUACGAGUGGAGAUCCACCAUCCUGGGACCGCCGGGCUCCGUGUACGAGGGCGGGGUCUUCUUCCUGGACAUUGCCUUCACCCCAGACUACCCCUUCAAACCCCCAAAGGUAACCUUCCGCACAAGGAUCUAUCACUGCAACAUCAACAGUCAGGGUGUGAUCUGUCUGGACAUCCUGAAGGACAACUGGAGCCCCGCCCUCACCAUCUCCAAGGUGCUGCUGUCCAUCUGCUCCCUGCUCACAGACUGUAACCCAGCGGACCCCCUGGUGGGCAGCAUCGCCACACAGUACCUGACCAACAGAACAGAGCAUGACAGAAUAGCCAAACAAUGGACGAAGAGAUACGCCACAUAGACUCCUCGCCGCCGCCGCAACCUCCAUGACUCCCUCCCCUCCUCCCUCCUCCCUCCCCUGCUCCCUCCUCACCGUACCUCUCUACCUCUCUCACCCUUAGUCUGUCAAAGCACACUCACUAAGUGCAUCGGUAUUCUCCCCCUCCCCCCCGUCUCCCUCCCUCCUCGUUUUAUCUACCUUUUCUGUGUUACAAAACAAAAACAGACAAAAAAAGUCCCUUUGUUCCUUGUUGACUUGAAAGCUUCUUUUUUAUACAAAGAGUAGAUUGGGAUUUUUAUUUUCCAAUAUGUGAAUGUUGGAAAUCAUCGUAUUGGAAACGACAGAAUAUAAUGAAACGCUCGUCCUCCGGCUACACAGUACGUACUUCAUUUUUUUUCGUGGAACACUCGGCUCUCAUCUCCUUGGUUUUGUAUUUUCGUCAUGUGACCUGCAUGAGACGGGAAGGUUUUCUGCGUCAACGGAUCCUCCAUGCUUUUUAACUUCCUCUGAUUUUCUUUGUACUGUAUGUAUUUUUUCAAAGCUUUUGAGGCGGACCGCGAGAGUCUGCCUGUGAAAGAGGCAGGACUUGUAUAUUUACUGGCUACCCGCCACCUCUGCUGUCGCGGAGUGGUUUGUUGUGCACUUGUAUUACUGAAACACCCAAUAAAACACACUGUGGUUGGCUUGUGAGAAAGAA